AUGGAAAAUUACACCGACUCACUUCUUAGCCAGACCGAGCUCCUACUCAUGUCCGCCUGGUAUGCCCGAGAAUUCAAUGCCCUACUUGACCCUGAAGGGUUUCUAUUCUGCCUCACCGCAAUGUCUGAAGGGUAUAUUACCAUUGAAUGGCACCCCCAGGCAGCGACGUUCAAGUAUAACCGCUUCAAUACCCUGAAGCAAUCGCAUAUCUUCAGGGAGGCUGGGCCUCCAACUAUUCUCGGUGCCGAGAACACCUUCGAAACUUUCCUAAGGGAAGUAACCUGGCAUGGGCUAAUUCAGCGUCCGAUCCUUCCAAUCUGUGGCGGCGAAUACACAGCUACGGCUACGACCCAUUCGUAUAUACAUGUCGGUCAUCUGCAAUGGACCGGCAGUUUACCUCAUGUCACGACUUUCGACAUCCGAUCACAUGUCACGCAGUACAACAUCUUCCUGGCACUGUAUCGUCGACUUCCUCUGCAGAACGGAGAGCACAAGCUUUUUGACAUCUUCAAUCGAGACGCCAAAUACACAGAUGAGCGCAACCAGAGUGAGAAUAUCUUUGGCUAUGCCACUGCUAAAGACUACACCGGUUCGGAAACCAGUGGAAGAUACACCGCUGAGUUGGAGUUAUUCGUUAUUCCAGAGCAACAGCGCAAUGUGUCUUAUGGACAAGCUCUUGCAGCGGCCCUCAAGGUGUCCCUCAUUCUUAUGGCAUGGGUAGUAUGCCUCCGGAACAUUUGGAACUUCCUAUCGCGAAGAAACGCAAGCAGUCCCAAAGCUGGUGCUACACCCGUUUCUAUCACGCCAAUUUCCAAGGCGCAGACAAGAAAAUUAGCCGAUGCACGGAUGACCGGUGCAGCCUUGGGUGGGGCUUUCAAGCGUAGUGUCCUUGAAGGCCAGCAUCAUUACCAAGGGUUUGCGACACAAACUUCUUGGACAAGCACGUCGCAGAAAUUCGCGUCUCAUCGGCCAAAGAUGUUCGAAUACGGAGUAGCGAUCAUGUAUAUCAGAGCAGCUAAACUUUCAUUAACGACUUCACGGUUUAAUCGAAUGAUAUCUAUGAACGGUGGGGCGCAACCUGGUAACAUUAUCGUGCCUAGUGAUUACACAUUGUUUAAGUACCACUGGCCGGUAUCACUGGCUGAUGUUGAAGAGCCCAUUGAGAAUCCGCUGGAGUUUUCAUUGGAGAGCUUCCGCAAUUGCUUCGUUGAGGACGAACAUGACAUCUACCACACUGGUAUCAGUGGGCACAGUCUGGGAGGACGUCGCGAGUUUACUCGACUGAUCUUUACAUUUACCUACAUUCCCGAAGAACGUCAGUCAAAGAGUUGGGUCCGAGAUUGGUUGGCGAAGAACACCUUCGAGUUGCAGGGACGUUUGUGCGGAGUCCGCGCAAAGAAUGAGAGACUUCUCGGCGUUGCUUACUUUGUCAAAAACAACAUAUUUGCUCUCCCAUACCGGUAG